AUGUCUUCUAAGUUGAAGCUGAUUGCACUGCCACUCAAAGCAUAUAGGCAGACUCCACCUAUCACGCUAUUGACCCUACCACCUAAGACUGCCGUUGAGGCAAAUUUAAUGACAAAAGCCGUCAAUUGGAGCGAUAGACAAUGGAACAAACUCAGCGAGUCUCCGGAAGGACACUGGAAGAAGCGGAUUUGGAACGGCGGAGAGGCUGUCAUGGAUAGAGUGCCAUACGAGGAGUGGGCGCUAAAGCAUAUCGAGCCAGCACAUGGUGUAGCUGUGAAUACUUCCCACAAGCUCGAUAUUCUCUACCCGGAAUCCGUGAUAUCCGAUAAAAUACUCUUGGACACAGUAAAGGAAUCAUUUAUUAGUAGAUCUGAUCAAUAUCGUAAAAAAAUGUGGUUAUACUUGGCUAUAUCACCAGUCACGUUUCCGGUUGCUAUAAUACCCAUAGUGCCGAAUUUGCCUCUCUUUUACCUUCUCUGGCGCGCAUGGUCUCAUUGGAGAGCCCACAGAGGUGCUAAUUACCUUGGUCAACUACACGCUAAUAGUCAAUUACAACCGCGUAAGAGCGAGGAAAUUGACAGAUUCUACCAAAACAACCAGAUUCCAUCAUUGAAGGACAUAAACACCUUGAGUAAGAUCCUAAAUCUUCCAGCACAAGCUACACUCGAAGGGCAUAGGGCAAUAAAACAGAUUCAUCACAAAAAACAACAGUAAGGAGCUAAGAUUAUAAUUUAACAAUUGCAAUUUCGUAAUUCGUAAAAAUUAAGAGAGAUUAUAGAUUAUGAAACAACUUCCAUCCAUCCUACCUCUAUGCAUCUGAACAGAGAGUCGUUUGUGAGCGAUUCUGUGUUAAAGCCGACAAUCUCUGCCCAAUUUAUUGGCAUCUUGUCGCGCUUUUUGCUGGCUUUCCAUUUGUCAGCAUCUGUAACGCCCUGCCAGAGCAGGAAGAUUCUACCUGUUACCUCUGGCGUUGGACGUAUGGCAAGGGU